CUGAGACGCCGGCGAUGGUGGCGAUGUCAUGCUGACACGACCAUAGAGCGGCGAGGUUCCGACCGAGAAAUGACGACGGAGAUGAAAUGAGGCAAACUAAAGAACAUGUCAGAUCUCAUCUUGUCCCUCACAUGUCGUUUCUGGCCAUCCUUUUGGUCCAGUGUCGAGGCGAGCAUCGUAUUGAUUGGGCUGGGGGAAAGCGCUGAUCAAGUCUGGCAGACGACCAUGUCGCUCCGACUCCUUGAUACGUGUAUCUUGAUUCCAUCGGAUUCGGCUGGCUACAGCACCCUGGGUCUGCAGCCGUCCUCAGGUAUUGGCCAGCCUCGAGCCUUCGGAUGCCCCAAGUCUCCUUUCUGACUACAGCACGUAUCAGGUGCUGGGCGCCAGGCACAGCCGAUCUUUGCUGCAAUCGAUUCCGAAGCAGUGGGUCUUGAUGCACGUGUGCCCUCAA